CUUUUUGCCACAGUCAUUGUUUUGUUCGUUGACUUUCUGACUAGAAGCCAUGUGGUUUCCGUUCCAUGCGGUCAAGCCUUUUCUGGCUAAGACAGAUUUGCGGACCUCCAUUGCAUUUCCAUUAAGCCACUGAACACGAGUUAGUAGAAUCAAUCCACUUUCGCUGCGAACUCCUAAUGAUUCAAAAGAAGGGACGCCAUCAACGAAAUACAUUUCGGGUCGUUGUCUUACUAACGUCUCAACAAAGUCAUCCGUGGAGUCUGUAUUGCUCUGGCUGAGGGGAUAGCCCUCGUCCUUGAGGACGAUCAAUGCAUUUAUGCCAGCCCAAGGACCCCCUCAGUGCCAUACAGACCUCAGGAUCAUUUGGUUCCUUUCCGAGCCAGAUUGGAACUGUGAUGUAUCAAGAAGUGAACUGCACCACGGCUGAAGGUCAUCCAUCAACUAGCCACGAACGAUUUCUGAACGAUAUCUUCUCUCUAAAUUAUCCCGACGGACCUGACUCCGGUGACUGUUCGGCAAACCGAUCCCCCCAGCCACCAACCAAUGGUUUGGACAGUCUACUUUUGGGUGAUGAUCAAGAGAAACUUAUAGCUGAUGAAGAAAGUCUAACUCACCACCAGCACCAUUCUCAUCACGAUCCCACGUCCGUGAUCAUUGUUGGGCGAAGUCAACCACCUGGGAUUGACUUAUCUUCACGGCAGGAUGUAGAUUACGAGGAUGACGAGGAUGUACUACUGGUAAGCGAGUUGCCCCCGGAACAGUUCACUUUCCACACGGAUGCCAUCGAUCGUGGUUCGGGAGACUAUGAUAUUGGACACUUCAACAUGCCUUCGGCGUUGGGCGAACCUCGACUGAAUGAAGAUGUUCUCCCUCCGUUCGCUCGCCACCGACCUUCACCUCCUCCACCUCUUUCACGUAGUCAAAUCCCAUUGUCUUCGGCUGUUUUGUUUCAUCCGAGUGGCUCUACCGAAGAGCAGGACUAUUCCAUGCAGUUCAUUCCAUUUGAUAACCGUUCCGUUAUGAAUCCAAAUCAACAUCACUCGGAUGCGAACCGCUUCUCAACAACCGAAAUGUUCAGUGGUGGAACGAAGCGUGAAGGUUUGGUCCCUCAAAGUUGGUUGGCAAGUGCACUGGAGGACGAAAACACAGCUUUUUGUGACAUUUUCAAUGGUACUCACCAACCAUUGGAUCUAGCACAAACGUCACUUGGUGCAGAAACAAGUAUCGUCACGUCGUCCACCUCCCUAUCUCUUUCGUCGGCUCUCUCACGAGCAGCAACAGACGAACAGGCAACCACAACGACCACGUCCUCCGGAUCGAACGAUAGUGUCGGACCUACCACUUUGGGUAGUCCAUCAGCCAAGGUCAAUCUUUAUGCGUUCCCAAACAAUUCACCAGACUGGUCCAUAACCCAGAUGCUCGAAGGCCAAAACAGACCGGACGACACAGGGUCACGCCGUGUGGACUCCACUUUGACCAGUACAAAAUCUUUUGGAACAGCUGUGACGCUGACCAACGAGGACUCGAUUGCCCACGCCAGACAACGUUUGUUGGGUGCCUCAGCAGCAGCGGCCGCAUUGGCUGCAAAAGCGUAUUCGGCUCAAACCACUGGCGAUCAGUUCUAUCUCUAUUGUUCCCCGGCCUCGUCGGAUACUUGCACCAUGCUGGCCUCGCAAUCGAACACUGCACCGGUUAGUGGGAUCGGGAUUUCACACCAUCACUUGCUCUCUGGUCUACCCCAUUCUUCCCACCACACGCUCAUCCGCAACGCCGCAACUGUCCCGGUACCGGAACCAAAGAUUAUACCUUUCCGUGAUCCGGAAACUAUUCCUCUGCGAAAAAUGUCUGUGAAUUUGAUCACUACUUAUAAGCAUAUAAAUGAGGUGUACUACCGUAAAAAACGCCGCCUACGUGAACAGUAUCUGCAGCGCAAGAACCAUGAGAAGCUCGCCAAUCCACCACCAGAAGCGUUUGCCCAACCCAGCGAUCGUGUUCAGCAUCCAUCGUCCUUGGAGUCCCCUCCAGCCUCCAGACCAAGCGCCGGCGAUUCCAGUUGGACUGCCCACACCACUUACGGGCACACCUCCACCAAAGAUGCUUUGUCCACAGAAAGUCGCAGAGAACUGCACAAGGAGUUCUCCACGUUUUCCGGCGGUCCGUUUGACGAUUACAUUGUCGGCAUCGCGUGCGAUGAGCUCGGGUCGAAUAAAGGCCACCCACCAAUCACCACUUGUUCGGCCUACCCGCACACAUCGGUCUGUAUUCCGCAUCAGGUCUCUCCAAACGAUGUGCGAUCUGUCAAGGCGAACUUGGGCAAACCGGUCAUAAAUUACAAUGGACUUGCAGAUCGCAUGGCAUCCAUCGAUUUGUCCGGUGGAAUCUACAACAGUGGAACGACUCACGAAGAAACGCUCACCAACUUGGCCCGAUGUGUGUCCAUGCAACCUCAGUCGUUGGCCAAACCUGAUUCGAAUGAUCAGCAAGACAAACCAGCCACCAUAAUGCGACAUUUGAGCUAUCCAAACGCUUCCUCACACAAAAUUGUUCCCAUGAACCAAGCAACCCUAGAUUCCACUGGCGUCCAAUCCACAUAUGGUCCCCAGCUUCCAUCAUCCCUCGACCAGCAACCCAAUGUCCCGUCAGCGGAUCAGCUGACGAAUUCCUUGAACCGGCUUCAGGCCUAUUCCGAUCAGCUACAUUCCUUCUUGUCUGGAACAUCGACGGAAAAUCUAAUGGCUGUGCAGACUCGCGGCGCACCUACUAAAUACGGCAAUGCGAUCACGGUUGUUACGGGUAACGCUGCUCGCUCUCCCCUAGGAAUGGCUCCAUCCACCGGGUCAUUUCCGCCCAUUGUGAGCAGUGCUACCCCGGCCUACUCGGCAGGCAGUUCGGCUUGCUAUUACAACCUCCCGGUUCCGUUCGACACCGGAUCUCCAACGGUCCAGCUUGCGAAUACGCCAACCUCAUCCAACAUGACCUUGACUGGAGUGGAAGCAAACCUACUGCAACAACUCACAUCCCACCUUUCUGGUGGGACUUACCGAAAUGAGGCUCCUCCCCCACCUGCGCCUACGUCGGUCUACUCAUCUGGAUUUGUUCAUCGGCUCAAUCUAGCAAACCACAGUCCGUCGUGUUUGGCGGUGGACUCGGGGUCUAUUGACCGAGCAGCAGCAGCGGCGGCGGCAGCUGGGGACAACCGUGAAAGUCCGUCUUUCGUUGCGGGAUUCACCCAUUCUCAUCCUCACAUGGCUCCACCAACGUCCUUCCGACCCCAUCCCAACGAAGUGUUCCAGCACCAUCACCACCAUCUUCAAUAUCAACAACAUCAAGCUCAAAUAGCUGGCGCCGUUCAAAGGGCAGCGGCCAAUCGACCGGCCAAUGAAGUGGUCGGCAAAUCCACGGCCGUGACCUAUGUGAAUCAGCCCAUGUUCAACUCGUCCAUUCUGAAUGACGGCACACUCACAGCCGUUAUGCCCACGAAUAGCGCAACCAAUGACUCCCGGUUCGCACCUGUACCGUCCAUGCAGCAGUCCCAAGCGCCACAAGUACCCACGAUCAUCACCACAACGACAGCAUCGAUGACCCUGGCGAAGAACGGAACUGGGAACAGUCAGCACCCGCCGGCAUCCCAGCAACAGGUGGACAGACGUCACACCGAUGCCAAUUACGACUAUAUCGUGCGACCGGGUGAAAUGUGGAUGGGACGAUAUCUGAUACAGAGUUUGAUCGGAAAAGGAUCGUUUGGACAGGUGAUGAAAGCCCACAACUGUGCAACCAAUGAGGAUGUGGCCAUCAAAAUUAUCAAGAACAAACGUGCAUUCACCAAUCAAGCGCAGGUUGAAAUUCGAUUGCUACACGAAAUGAAUCGCUAUCUGGAGGUGGCCGAAGCAUCCGGUGAACCAGCCCCAUUAGGAGCAAAUUAUAUUGUUCGCCUCCUCACACACUUCACCUUUCGCGGACAUCUUUGUCUCGUAUUCGAACUGCUUUCCUACAAUCUGUACGAUCUGUUGCGCAACACCAACUUUCGCGGUGUCUCUCUCAACCUGACACGCAAAUUCGCACAACAACUGUGUCAUGCGUUGGAAUUCCUCUCGCGGCCCGAACUUCGAAUAAUCCACUGUGAUCUGAAACCGGAGAACAUUCUUCUCGUGAACCCCAAGCGUUCGGCAAUCAAGUUGGUGGAUUUUGGAAGUUCUUGCCACGUCAAAGAAAAGGUGUAUCAGUACAUACAAUCUCGUUUCUAUCGCUCGCCAGAUGUGUUGCUCGGUUUGGACUAUACGAUGAGCAUAGAUAUGUGGUCGUUGGGCUGCAUCCUGGUCGAGCUGCACACAGGUGAACCUUUAUUCGCCGGACAGAAUGAGGUUGGACAAAUGAUGAAAAUCAUUGAAGUUUUGGGCAUGCCGCCCCGCGGACUGUUGGAGAAAAGUCGCCGCUGGCACGUGUUUUUCGAACGGACUAUCGACCGAGAGUACAUACCCAAAGUUGCCUGCCAACCUCCAGGAAGCCGGCGGUUGUCCGAUAUUCUGGGAGUCAAUACCGGUGGUCCCCGAGGUCGCCGUGCACAUGAACCCGGACAUAGUCCGUCUGAUUACAAUGUCUUUAUGGAAUUGGUGUUGCGCAUGCUCACCUUCGAUCCUGAACGACGCAUCCGACCGUCCAGUGCGCUUGCGCAUCGAUUUUUUCGCCGAACCAAUCCAACCGGGGUACUUGGCGGUGGUGCACCAGAGCGUAUCAGUAACGCGUCGCAUCUGGGUCAACUUUCGCCCCCAGGACAUUGUGAUAGCAAUCCUGCCUUGGUUCAUCCGGCCAAUUGGUCCUCCGGCUACUCUGAUAAGGCACAUCCGCAGUUGGUCAAUGCCGCUGCGUCCUUGGGACAUUCAGGAGGACUUGGACCAAUCUCUCGUCCGCUGGACACCCUGGAUUUGCUCCGACACCAACAGCAUCAAGGUCAUCCGACCCACUUGUCCACUGCUGUUGCUGCUUUUGCCCAACGAACGCUCCCCGCCGCCCUUGCCGGGGACAACCAGUUUACUGAGCCGCUUUCCCCACUGAUAGCCCACCAUCACCAUCUACAUCACCCGCAUCACCACACCCCACAUAUGCAACAUCACCCGUCCAUCCCACCCGCACUCCACUUCUCUCAGGCUACCGGGGCAAUCAGUUCAAUCGCUGUCCCUCAGCACUUUCAAUCCACUCGGGCAGUGGCUGUGACGCUUCCCGCCGCAGCCGCCUCGUUGCUCACCGGCUCGCUGCACCCCGCCAUCCAUAUGAUACAACAACAGCAGCAACAGUCCAACACGACCCCCGGAUCUACUCCGCUCCAUCACUACCGGCACCCAUCGUCCACGUAUUUCGUCGAGUCCGCGGCGGACCACAUAGCCUAUCAACAGCCGCACCAACAACAACAACAACAGUCGAUCCAGUUGGCCUGGGUCGGGGGGUUGGGUGACCAACAUCAUAGCAUCUCAUCUGGAUGUAUGGUAUCACCGGAUUCCGUAUUGAAUACGGCUCCUCUUUCGCCGGGAAUUUGGCGCUGAGUCUCAGAACCUCGUCCCGUCCGGGACACCAAGACGCGUACGGUCUCAUCAUGUGUAGGCAACGGAACAUUCAGACAGCUUCCUGUCUGCCUGUCCACUCGGAUCUGUGAUUUGAUUCCCUUACUCAUCCGUUUCCGCCUUCAAACUUCAGCGGUCGUAGUUACCACUUCAAAUUCACAUGGCCUGUGAAUCCAACUCGCUCUCCCUUUCUCGGCUUGGUGAGAGUGCUAAACAUCCGGUUAUAUUUGUGGGGACGUUUUUCGCUUUAUCUGUGUUGCUAGAGCACAGAGUUGCUUCUCAUGGUUGGCAUCAUAAAACGUUUUUGCUCCUGUGCCCCUGUUAUCACAAACACCAUGUAUCUACCUGUUCCUUUCAUUGUACAGUCUUGUUAUUUGAGAAACAUUUUGUCGUUUCAUGACGCAUUCUACUACUAAAACGAGUACCCAUGGGUCCCAAUGAGGCUGUCUUACCAGACUACGAACGAUGCUUUCACCUUGGUGUACCCUCAACCACAAAAACAAGUGACAUUUCCACUGUGAUUGACUAUCUAACUUUGGCUCUGCCUCGAUACAUUCAUUCUCGUUGCUUAUUGGUACUUGGCCCCUCACACCUCCCCCUAGUCCUGUGAACCCUGCUCCAUUUCUACUACACCGCCGCUGAUGAUGAUGAUGCUUCGCUCAAGAAUGUACACUGCCCUUUUACCGUUGCCUGUCUGCUCGCUUGCUGCUUGGGUUUGAUGGAGCGAAAUUUAUUCUUUGUACCCGCGCAGCAGCUGGCGACGGCGUUCAAUUUUUCCUUGGUCGGUUGUGUGACAACCGCACAUCGAGGCGUCCAUUGCAGUUAUGCCGAAUCGCGUAAUUUUGCUCGAGAUAGAUCUGCCUCUCAGCUCAUCGCUAGUUCACAUUCCUGAUCAUUGUUCGUCCCCCAGCCCCUGGUGUCUCCCUCCGUUGCGGCCAACGUUUGUGAUUCGGCUACCACACUUGUCCAUAGGAUUCUACAUUCGUUUCGCUCACCUUCCCCCGUUCACUGUUCCACACCACCACAUCCAUUCCGUUUUCCCUUCAACGCCUGACAGCUGCUGCGCCCAAACCCCACUAUGCCCCGCUCCAUCGUUCAGUCACUUUCCAGUUGUUCUUUUAGCUAUCACACACGGUCGGUCGGUCACUUCAUGACCUCCGCGUACCUACUAUCGAUCGAUCGGUGAUGGUGGAGGUGUUGUGUUCUACGGCUAGCUAGCUCAACCGCGCAACAUUUUACCACUGCCCACCCACUUAUUUGUUCGGUAGUUAUUCGCUUGCGACACACGCACA